AGUAAAAUGAGAUGUAUUAACGUCAAAACAACUAUUGAAAAAUGAUGUCAUCUCAAGUAAGGUGACAGAACUCUGAAGAAACAGGAUGAAGUGACGAACUUGCAUACUAACAAGCUUUAUAGCGUUCAAUGUGAUGAUUAUUGCAUUAGAACUCGGAAUCAUAAACCGGCCCCGACGUUAUCUUUUCAAUAAAUAGAAAAGCAAUUCGUUAUCAGUUGUCAAACCCGUAUCGCUUUUGCAGUGGAUUGUUCCUUCAUCAUGUCAGUAACAGUUUGAAAUGCUUUGGGAACGUCCGGCCGAGAUUCCGUUUCCCACGGUCUGGCACGAAUUUCAAGGUCCGGAUGUCGGCGACACCGACAAUCUCGUGAGCUACCGAGUCGAGGACCUAACACCGAAUCGGUUCGAUGACAUAGUGGAGCAUUUUUUGGACCACUUUCUAACCGCAGAACCGGAAUACGUUGCCAAAGGAGUCCCGGGAGAUGAACUGGCCAGACGGGAGAUUGUUGACUUUUGGCGUUGGUGUUUCGCUCGCAGACUGACACUGGUUUGCUACAAGGAAGCAUCGCGAACCAUUAUCGGAGGAAUUUUAUUAAACGUAAAAAUGAAGGAGGGGCAGAACGCGAGGAUGGUGGAGAGCGAAAAGUUGAAAGGAAUUUUCGCAAGCAAUGAAUAUUUGACAGAUACUUUCGACGUUUUCGGUAACUACGGCGUUAGUGAGUAUUUGACUGCGUGUGGGAUGGCUGUACACCGGAAUUACCACGGGACGGGGAUCUGCGGUGAGAUGCUACGAGCACAAAUUCCAAUAUGUAAAGCGCUUGGGUUAAAAGUUAUUUCGACGAAUUUUACCGGUACCGAAACACAAGCUGUCGCUGCCAAAGUUGGCUUUCGGAGCGAUCUCGAGAUGUCGUACGAUGAGUUGGCAAAACUGAAUCCACUGUUCACCUUCCCGCGAAUAGCUUCGAGAAGUACGAAAGUCAUGAGUUUAGUGAUCAAAUAAAAGUCCACGGUUCUAAGCGUUUCGCUUCAGCCGAAAUCGAGUGUCCCUAACCUGAAAACGUGAACAGUCAUCAUGCCGUUUAUUGUGCUGGUUAUGAAUCGUGUUUCCCCGCCUACGUCCUUAGUCUCGAGAGAAAAAGAGAAAAGAAAAGAAAAUAUCACUCACCCCGUGAAUUCAUCAUGCAUGAUUAUACAAUUCGGCGGAAAACUCUGCUCUAGUGGAAGGGUCCAAUGAAAGCGCACUAAUUUAUACAUAUUUUGGGAAGAAUAAUGAUACAACGCGCGACACCGUUAAAAAUAUACGGCCGGCGUCCGAUUGUUGGAAAAUAUAUUUUCCCGUUUAUUUAUAAACAUCGGACGCACUGGCAAUCCCGACGACGUUUAUGACGUUGUAAGAUAUGUCACUCGUCCGACAGUUCUCGGUACUUCUUUACAUUUACUAGGACGCGCUUGCUUUGAUGGAAUGACGGGAAACACGCGGUUGUCAUCGAACUCGCUGGUUUGAAAAAAAAAACACUGUUGUAGGCAUAAUAUGAAAGUUUUUGAAACAUCAAUGUUUUAAUAAUUUGAAAGAUCGCUUACUGAAUUUGGCUUUGCUUAUUACCGAUUGAUUCGAAAAUCAAACGGAGUGAGAAAAAACCAGUCCUAAUGCACCUAGUGGUGUGAUAAUGCCUUUCUUUUCCUUCAUAACAGUCUCAUGAAAAUAUGUUUUAUUUUUGUUUUAUUAAAUAAUUUCGAACACUAAUUUGAGCUCAUUUAAACACCAAUUAAUUCAGAUUGAUUCGAGUAGUUCACAAAAGCAUGCUUCAGUGUUUAAGUCACAUAGUUGGCACCAUUUUUCUAACCAAGCGCUUGACAUUCGCGUUGCCUAUUUGUAUUAGAAGAGUGUUGUUAAUCUAAAAAACCUGUUUAAAUCCACCUAGUCGUGUAAUGAUGCCUUUCUCAUAUUUAAUACUGUGGUAUUCUGUUUUUCUUCGAUUUUUGAAAGAAACCAAGGGAUUGUUUGUGCAUUAACUAGUAUAACAUACAGAAUGUAACAGUACUUUGCUCGCGACGACGAUUUUGAUUUUUGUUGGAUCCGAAAAUAUGCAGUAAUAUUUGGCACGAUCAUAAAACCUCUCAUUUGACCGUAAGAUUGGGAAUGUUGGUUUUGAGUCCAGUGUAGAAACGGUUAUUACGGUUUUUGUUUCGCCUGUUUAAGUGAUGGUGUACAAUAUUUAACACACUUUACCCUAUAACUCCGGAACCGGAAAUCGGAUCCAAAUGAAUUCAGGAAUUCCGUAUGGAACCGUGAGACCUUUCAUUUGAAUUUAAGUUUGUGGAAAUCGGUCAAACCAUCGCUGAGAAAAAUGAGUGAGAUCCAUUUUGGAAUAUAUGACCACUAUUUCCGGUACUUCCCGAACUGGACACGGGAAACAGGAUAGCCGAAAUCGGUUUGUUUAGUUGCCUACUGAUAAUGGUAACCAAUUUGUGUAGUUUUGAGAUCAGCUUAGAAUUUUUUGUGCGUGUUUUGUUUCGACUGUUUAAGUGACGGUAUCAAAUUUUAAACCCAUUUUACCCUAUAAUUCCGGAACCGGAUGUCAGAUCCGGAUGAAAUUUGGGUGUUUUGUUUGGGACUAUGAGAACUUUCAUUUGAAUUCAAGAUUGUAAAUUCGAUCACGCCAUCUCUAAGAAAAAUAAGGAAGUAGUUUGAAAUAGGAUUUAUUUUCACUAAUCACCCUGUAAUUCCGGAACCGGAAAUCGGAUCAAAGUAAAAUUCAGGAACUUUGCAUUGGAUAAUUAUAGCUUUCAUUUGAAUCUAAGUUUGUGAGAAUCGGUUCAGCCGUCUCUGAGAAAAAUUAGUGCACUUAUUUUCAUUUUUUUGCACAUAUCGCCCUGUAAUUCCGGAACCGGAAGUCAGAUUCGAAUAAAAUUCAGGAACUUUGUGUGGGAUUACAAGACCUUUCAUUUGAAUCUUAGUUUAUGAAAAUCGGUUCAGCCAUCUCCAAGCAAAAAGAGUGCAAAAAAUGUUACAUACAUACAUA